AUGGCUACCUCCAGCGACUCUUCAUCUAUUACAGUCUCUGUCCGAGUGAGGCCUUUUACUAUCCGAGAGGCAGCACAGAUCUCGAAAUGUGAGGAUGGCCCGAUAUUUCUAGGAGAUGGAUCUUUGGCCGGUGCUCCAACCCCAAAGCUCAACCAGAAGGGAUUAAGAUCCAUCAUCAAAGUCAUUGAUGAUCGAUGCUUAGUGUUCGACCCCCCUGAAGACAACCCCGUGCAAAAGUUUUCGAAGAGCGUUGUGCCCAAUGGCAAACGUGUGAAGGACCAGACCUUCGCUUUUGAUCGGAUUUUUGACCAGAAUGCCUCUCAAGGGGAGGUUUAUGAAGCCACUACUCGAAAUCUUCUUGACAGCGUCCUCGACGGUUACAACGCCACCGUGUUUGCUUAUGGCGCGACUGGAUGUGGGAAAACACACACAAUCACUGGUACGGCACAGCAACCUGGAAUCAUCUUUCUCACGAUGCAGGAGCUAUUUGAGCGUAUUGAUGAAAGAUCGGAGGAAAAGCAAACGGAAGUUAGCCUCUCCUAUCUGGAAAUCUACAACGAAACAAUUCGGGACCUUCUUGUGCCAGGCAGCGUCAAAGGGGGGUUUGAUGUUGCGAGAAGAUUCCAACAAAUCGGUUUCGGUAUCUGGGCUGUCGAGUCAUCAUCCACAUAA